UCUCUUUAUCACUCUUUUUUCUUUUCUCUUCUCUUUCUUUCUAUCGCUUUAUCUAUUCUCUCAUAUUUUGUGUAUAUUUAAUUCAUAGACAUUUCGGGUCUUGUAUCUUAAAUGCUGUUCUCCUCGCACGCGAUCAGUAGCCGGAGAUGGUGCAUCGGAAUUAAAUGUGCCCACAAACAGGCGACAACAAUAAACACCAACAUCAAUAACAACGACAGCAACAUUGCUGUGAUAAAAUGUAAACAUAUUUGAAAAUAACAACAGAAGAAAAAGCGUGGAUCUCAAAAACAGAACAAAAUCUUGCCCUCAAUUUUUCUAAGGCAACUCGUUAGCUUUUCACUUAUAACUUCUAGGCUUUAAUAAACAAAUUUGCUUUAAACCUUUAAAAGAAACUUUUGUUCAGAACGUAUAUGAAAGCAACUUGUUUCAUUUUUUUACAAGUAAUUUGUUUAAAAGUUUUAGAAGCAAUUAUUUGAGCCUUUUUCUUUUUUAUCAGCGAACUGUUUUUUUUUUAAAGAUCUACAUUUAAGAAGUGAAUUAUUUCAAACCUUUUCGUGCAACUAAGAGGAUACACACCAACUUCUAAAAGUUCCCGUGGUAAUUUCAAAGUGUUACAAGCAACAUCAGAACCGGCUUCUUAAUCAAUCAGGAUAAAGUGACGGUAAAUAGGACUAAUUACAGAACAAGCAUCAUUGAUAGCGCACAAGCAAACUUCUUUGGUAAAUCACUUUGAUAUAUAUAUCUUCAGAAAGAUAUUUUGUUCUUUGACAUUUAUUCCAAAACUUUUCACAAUAUUUUCAUAUUGACAAUAGAUUUUUUUUAAGGUAGUAAAAAAAAUCAUUUUUUAAUUUCUAAAAGAAAAACAAAUUCUUAAAAGUUGGAACGAAAUAUUAAUCAGAAAAAAAAAUUCAGUGAUUCUGAUUAAUUAUAUUUAAGCAGUUGCUAAAACGUUUGUUUACUACAAUCAAGGAAGAUGGUUAGUGCGGAAAGCAAAAAAACAAAGCCCUCAAUCGGUUCUUCCUUCUAUUUAUCAGUUUGGUGCAGCUUCCUCCUGUUACUUUUAAGGAGUGAAACUUGCCAUGGUAGUCUGAUGUCGUUUGUCGACAAUAGUUACCAGAAACUGAAUGGCCGACAACAAAUUAUCCAAGUUGAAGGUAUAAAUGUUUUUGGCAAGACUUACAGUUUUAUAAAGGUCUCAAGAAAUGGAUUCAUUAGAUUUAUGGAAAGUUCUGAAGAAACGGCAAACAGUAUUGAAAAUGUCAAGCCUCAAAUUCUUCCUCUGACUCAGUCAGUUCCAUUUGUAGCAGCUUUCUGGACAGAUCCUGAUCUGACAGCCAACGGAACCGUUUGGUUAAGGCAGAUGACAAACGCAACAGAAAUGGCAACCUUUGAGAAAGUGAUCAGUAAUUCUUUUCCUUCAUAUCAACAACGGAAGGCCAAAUAUGCUUGUGACGUAAUAUGGAACGAUAUAGCUUUCACCAGUAACUCUGGCAACAAUUCACAGCUGACGAAUACAUUCGAAGUUACAUUGCUAACAAUGGAGGACAGACAAUAUCUCAUUUUCCACUUCGGCAAGCUGACAUGGGGUGAUUGGAAACAGAUGCCUCAACUCAACAGGAGUUCCUCUGCAGUGGUUGGCUAUGAUGGUGGUAAUAAGAACAACUAUUUAAUGUUAUCUGGACCAGGACCAAACGAUAUCAUCACUGGAUCGAACGUCAACAUUCCCGGUGUGUGGAUCUACAGGAUUGACCAGCGUCCUUGCACCCAGAAAAGCAUGACAGUCAUUGUAUUGGUGGCCACCAUACUCUCUUUGCUCAUUGGCAUUGUUAUUGGUAUUCUCUGUACUUGUUACUGCUUAAGGAGAAUGAAGAAACAAGAUGAAGACAACCUGCCUCUGGACAACAAUGCAGAAUCGCCUGCAACCAAUAAAAGUACAGAACAACUCUCCAUAUUGCCACCAUCCAAUCCUAGCACACCAGUAUUUCCUACUUAUGCAGCGAAUUUAAAUGUAGACACCCAUGUUGACAAACCACCACCAAGAAAGAUAAGAGUCAUCAAGAAAAACCCACCUGCUCCAGUUCCUUGAUUGUAAAGAAAAAGUUGGUUUUUAACAUCAAAAAUUUGAAGAAUUUUCAAGUGAUGUAAUGCCUUCAGCAUUCCUUGUAGAGAGUGCAAACACCAAGACAAAAAAAAGCAUCUAAAGGAGAAGAUAUUUAUUUUCUUUCGUAUUGUUUUGUUGUUUGUUUUUCCUUUUUUUUUUUGCUAUGUUAAAUAACUUCUUCAAUAACAAAUAAAUAUUGAUUAGGUGAGAUAUGUUAUAUACA